GCCGACAGGGGCCUCGAGGAGGACUCGCCACGAGCGGGCAGAGACGGUUCGGCCCCCUGCUGGCCCGGGCGGACCCCUCUCCCCCCGUCCAGGGGUCCGCUGCUCCCCCACUCCCCUCCUUUCCACCUCUUCUCGCUCUGCCUCUCUCGAUUUAUUUUUUCGAACGGUGUAGCCGCCAGAGGUGCGGUGCUAAAUUCUUGGAAGGGGCCCGGAUGUACUGAGGAUGCAUUACAAUUUCACAAAAGGAGGCAGUAGUGGAAAGGAGCAGUUUUUGGUGUUUGAUGCAAUAAUGGGAAUCAGGUAAUCCUCAGAAGGGAAGAAGAAAAUACUGCAGAUCCACGGCUUCCUUGAAUUUGCACGAAAGCCGCCGACCUCGGAGGAGGGAUUAAUCCAGACCCGCUUGGGGGUGUUUGGCCAUUUCUUCCUCUUUGUGGCUUCUUCUCCUUUUAAAACAAUUUUUGGUCAAUGGUCAAUGAGAACACGAGGAUGUACAUUCCAGAGGAAAACCACCAAGGUUCCAACUAUGGGAGCCCACGUGCAGCUCACGCCAACAUGAAUGCCAAUGCGGCUGCGGGGCUCGCCCCCGAGCACAUCCCAACGCCCGGGGCAGCCUUGUCCUGGCAGGCAGCCAUCGACGCGGCCCGGCAGGCUAAGCUGAUGGGCAGCGCUGGCAAUGCAACCAUCUCCACCAUCAGCUCCACACAGCGGAAGCGGCAGCAAUAUGGGAAACCCAAGAAGCAGGGCAGCACGACUGCCACACGCCCGCCCCGUGCCCUGCUCUGCCUGACUCUGAAGAACCCCAUCAGGAGGGCGUGCAUCAGCAUCGUCGAAUGGAAAUAUCCUUUACCAUUUGAAAUAAUUAUUUUACUGACUAUUUUUGCCAAUUGUGUGGCCUUAGCGAUCUAUAUUCCCUUUCCAGAAGAUGACUCCAAUGCCACCAAUUCCAACCUGGAACGAGUGGAAUAUCUCUUUCUCAUAAUUUUUACCGUGGAAGCGUUUUUAAAAGUAAUAGCCUAUGGACUUCUCUUUCACCCCAACGCUUACCUCCGCAAUGGCUGGAAUUUACUAGAUUUUAUAAUUGUGGUUGUAGGGCUUUUUAGUGCAAUUUUAGAACAAGCCACCAAAGCUGAUGGGGCAAAUGCUCUAGGAGGGAAAGGAGCUGGAUUUGAUGUGAAGGCACUGAGGGCAUUCCGCGUGCUGCGCCCCUUGCGGCUGGUGUCUGGAGUCCCAAGUCUCCAAGUCGUUCUGAAUUCCAUUAUCAAGGCCAUGGUCCCCCUGCUGCAUAUUGCCCUGUUAGUGCUAUUUGUCAUCAUCAUCUAUGCUAUCAUUGGCCUGGAGCUCUUCAUGGGAAAGAUGCAUAAGACCUGCUACAACCAGGAGGGCAUAGCAGAUGUUCCAGCAGAAGAUGAUCCUUCCCCUUGUGCUCUGGAGACUGGCCAUGGGCGGCAGUGCCAGAAUGGCACUGUGUGCAAGCCUGGCUGGGACGGGCCCAAGCACGGCAUCACCAACUUUGACAAUUUUGCCUUCGCCAUGUUGACAGUGUUCCAGUGCAUCACCAUGGAGGGCUGGACAGAUGUGCUAUACUGGGUCAAUGAUGCCGUAGGAAGGGACUGGCCCUGGAUCUAUUUUGUUACACUUAUCAUCAUAGGGUCAUUUUUUGUACUUAACUUGGUUCUCGGUGUUCUUAGCGGAGAGUUUUCCAAAGAGAGAGAGAAGGCCAAGGCUCGGGGAGACUUCCAGAAGCUGCGAGAGAAGCAGCAGCUGGAAGAGGACCUGAAGGGCUACCUGGACUGGAUCACCCAGGCAGAGGACAUCGACCCUGAGAAUGAGGAUGAAGGCAUGGAUGAGGAGAAGCCCCGAAACAUGAGCAUGCCCACAAGUGAGACCGAGUCUGUCAACACCGAAAACGUGGCUGGAGGUGACAUCGAGGGAGAGAACUGCGGGGCCAGGCUGGCCCAUCGGAUUUCCAAAUCAAAGUUCAGCCGCUACUGGCGUCGGUGGAAUCGGUUCUGCAGAAGAAAGUGUCGUGCUGCAGUCAAGUCUAAUGUCUUCUACUGGCUUGUGAUCUUCCUGGUGUUCCUCAACACACUCACCAUCGCCUCAGAACAUUACAACCAGCCCCACUGGCUCACGGAGGUCCAAGACACGGCCAACAAGGCACUACUGGCCCUUUUCACUGCGGAGAUGCUGCUAAAGAUGUACAGCCUGGGCCUGCAGGCCUACUUUGUGUCCCUCUUCAACCGCUUUGACUGCUUCAUCGUGUGUGGGGGCAUUCUGGAGACCAUCCUGGUGGAGACCAAGAUCAUGUCUCCCUUGGGCAUCUCUGUGCUGAGAUGUGUCCGGCUACUGCGGAUAUUUAAAAUUACAAGGUACUGGAACUCCUUAAGCAACCUGGUGGCAUCCUUGCUGAAUUCUGUGCGCUCCAUUGCCUCCCUGCUGCUACUCCUCUUCCUCUUCAUCAUCAUCUUCUCCCUCCUGGGGAUGCAGCUCUUUGGAGGAAAGUUCAACUUUGAUGAGAUGCAGACUCGGAGGAGCACAUUUGAUAACUUUCCUCAGUCCCUCCUCACCGUGUUUCAGAUCCUGACCGGGGAGGACUGGAAUUCGGUGAUGUAUGAUGGGAUCAUGGCUUAUGGCGGCCCCUCUUUUCCAGGGAUGUUAGUCUGUAUUUACUUCAUCAUCCUCUUCAUCUGUGGAAACUAUAUCCUACUGAAUGUGUUCUUGGCGAUUGCUGUGGACAACCUGGCUGAUGCUGAGAGCCUCACAUCUGCCCAAAAGGAGGAGGAAGAAGAGAAGGAGAGAAAGAAGCUGGCCAGGACUGCCAGCCCAGAGAAGAAGCAAGAGAUAAUGGAAAAGCCAGCUGUGGAGGAAACCAAGGAGGAGAAAAUUGAGCUGAAAUCCAUUACAGCUGAUGGAGAGUCCCCACCCACCACCAAGAUCAACAUGGAUGACCUCCAGCCCAAUGAAAAUGAAGAUAAGAGUCCCUACCCCAACCCAGAAAAUACAGGAGAAGACGAUGAAGAGGAGCCUGAGAUGCCUGUGGGCCCCCGCCCACGACCACUCUCUGAGCUGCACCUUAAGGAAAAGGCAGUGCCCAUGCCAGAAGCCAGUGCAUUUUUCAUCUUCAGCCCCAACAACAGAUUUCGCCUCCAGUGCCACCGCAUUGUCAAUGACACGAUCUUCACCAACCUGAUCCUCUUCUUCAUUCUGCUCAGCAGCAUUUCCCUGGCAGCUGAGGACCCUGUCCAGCACACCUCCUUCAGGAACCAUAUUCUGUUUUAUUUUGACAUUGUUUUCACUACCAUUUUCACCAUUGAAAUUGCUCUGAAGAUCCUAGGCAAUGCAGACUAUGUCUUCACUAGUAUCUUUACAUUAGAAAUUAUCCUUAAGAUGACUGCUUAUGGGGCUUUCCUACACAAGGGCUCUUUCUGCCGGAACUACUUCAACAUCUUGGACCUGCUGGUGGUCAGCGUGUCCCUCAUCUCCUUUGGCAUCCAGUCCAGUGCAAUUAAUGUGGUGAAGAUCUUGCGAGUUCUGCGAGUCCUCAGGCCCCUGAGGGCCAUCAACAGGGCCAAGGGGCUAAAGCACGUGGUCCAGUGCGUGUUUGUCGCCAUCCGGACCAUAGGGAAUAUCGUGAUUGUCACCACGCUGCUCCAGUUCAUGUUCGCCUGCAUCGGGGUCCAGCUUUUCAAGGGAAAGCUCUACACCUGUUCAGAUAGUUCCAAACAGACCGAGGCGGAAUGCAAGGGUAACUACAUCACAUACAAGGAUGGGGAAGUUGACCACCCCAUCAUCCAGCCUCGCAGCUGGGAAAACAGCAAGUUUGACUUUGACAAUGUUCUGGCAGCCAUGAUGGCCCUCUUUACUGUCUCCACCUUUGAGGGGUGGCCAGAGCUGCUGUACCGCUCCAUCGACUCCCACACAGAAGACAAGGGCCCCAUCUACAACUACCGCGUGGAGAUCUCCAUCUUUUUCAUCAUCUACAUCAUCAUCAUUGCCUUCUUCAUGAUGAACAUCUUCGUGGGUUUUGUCAUCGUCACCUUCCAGGAGCAGGGGGAGCAGGAAUACAAGAACUGUGAACUGGACAAGAACCAGCGACAGUGUGUGGAAUAUGCCCUUAAGGCCCGGCCCCUGCGGAGGUACAUCCCCAAAAACCAGCACCAGUACAAAGUGUGGUACGUGGUCAACUCCACCUACUUUGAAUACCUGAUGUUCGUCCUCAUCCUGCUCAACACCAUCUGCUUGGCAAUGCAGCACUAUGGCCAGAGCUGCCUAUUCAAAAUCGCCAUGAACAUCCUCAACAUGCUCUUCACUGGCCUCUUCACUGUGGAGAUGAUUCUGAAGCUCAUUGCCUUCAAACCCAAGGGUUACUUUAGUGAUCCCUGGAAUGUUUUUGACUUCCUCAUCGUAAUUGGCAGCAUAAUUGACGUCAUUCUCAGUGAAACUAAUCACUAUUUCUGUGAUGCAUGGAAUACAUUUGACGCCUUGAUUGUUGUGGGUAGCAUUGUUGAUAUAGCAAUCACCGAGGUAAACCCAGCUGAACAUACCCAAUGCUCUCCCUUUAUGAACGCAGAGGAGAACUCCCGCAUCUCCAUCACCUUCUUCCGCCUCUUCCGGGUCAUGCGCCUGGUCAAGCUGCUAAGCCGUGGGGAGGGCAUCCGGACCCUGCUGUGGACCUUCAUCAAGUCCUUCCAGGCUUUGCCCUAUGUGGCCCUUCUGAUAGUGAUGCUGUUCUUCAUCUACGCAGUGAUUGGGAUGCAGGUGUUUGGGAAAAUUGCCCUGAAUGACACCACAGAGAUCAACCGGAACAACAACUUUCAGACCUUCCCCCAAGCUGUGCUCCUUCUCUUCAGGUGUGCCACAGGGGAGGCAUGGCAAGACAUCAUGCUGGCCUGCAUGCCAGGGAAGAAGUGUGCCCCCGAGUCAGAGCCCAGCAACAGCACGGAAGGGGAAACGCCCUGUGGCAGCAGUUUUGCCGUCUUCUACUUCAUCAGCUUCUACAUGCUCUGUGCCUUCCUGAUCAUCAACCUCUUUGUAGCUGUCAUCAUGGACAACUUUGACUACCUGACAAGAGACUGGUCAAUCCUUGGUCCCCAUCAUCUGGAUGAAUUUAAAAGAAUCUGGGCAGAGUAUGAUCCUGAAGCUAAGGGUCGUAUCAAACACCUAGAUGUGGUGACCCUGCUCCGGCGGAUUCAGCCCCCACUGGGUUUUGGGAAGCUGUGCCCUCACCGCGUGGCUUGCAAACGCCUGGUCUCCAUGAACAUGCCUCUGAACAGUGAUGGGACUGUCAUGUUCAAUGCCACCCUGUUUGCCCUAGUCCGGACAGCCCUGCGGAUCAAAACAGAAGGGAACCUAGAACAAGCCAAUGAGGAGCUGCGGGCCAUAAUCAAGAAGAUCUGGAAGCGUACCAGCAUGAAGCUGCUAGACCAAGUGGUGCCCCCUGCAGGUGAUGAUGAGGUCACCGUUGGCAAGUUUUAUGCUACUUUCCUGAUCCAAGAGUACUUCCGGAAAUUCAAGAAGCGCAAAGAGCAGGGCCUUGUGGGCAAGCCUUCCCAAAGGAACGCCCUGUCCUUGCAGGCUGGCUUGCGCACGCUGCAUGACAUUGGGCCUGAGAUCCGACGGGCCAUCUCUGGAGAUCUGACAGCUGAGGAGGAGCUGGACAAGGCCAUGAAGGAGGCUGUGUCUGCUGCCUCCGAAGAUGACAUCUUCAGGAGGGCCGGUGGCCUGUUCGGCAACCACGUCAGCUACUACCAAAGCGACGGCCGGAGCGCCUUCCCCCAGACCUUCACCACCCAGCGCCCACUGCACAUCAACAAGGCGGGUAACAGCCAAGGCGACACCGAGUCGCCAUCCCACGAGAAACUGGUGGACUCCACCUUCACCCCCAGCAGCUACUCGUCCACUGGCUCCAACGCCAACAUCAACAAUGCCAACAACACUGCCCUGGGCCGCUUCCCCCGUCCCGCUGGCUACCCCAGCGCAGUCAGCACCGUGGAGGGCCAUGGGCCCCCCUUGUCUCCUGCUGUCCGGGUACAGGAGGCAGCAUGGAAGCUCAGCUCCAAGAGGUGCCACUCCCGGGAGAGCCAGAUAGCCAUGGUGUGUCAGGAGGAGGUCUCUCAGGACGAGACCUAUGACGUGAAGAUAAGUGAAGACACUGAGUACUGCAGCGAGCCCAGCCUGAUCUCCACAGAGAUGCUCUCCUAUCAGGAUGAUGAAAAUCGGCAAUUAACACCACCGGAGGAGGACAAGAGAGAUAUCCGGCAAUCUCCAAAGAGGGGCUUCCUCCGCUCUGCCUCACUAGGUCGAAGGGCCUCCUUCCACCUGGAAUGUCUGAAGCGACAGAAGAAUCAAGGGGGAGACAUCUCUCAGAAGACAGUCCUGCCCUUGCAUCUGGUUCAUCAUCAGGCAUUGGCGGUGGCAGGCCUGAGCCCCCUCCUCCAGAGAAGCCAUUCCCCCAGCACAUCCCCCAGGCCCUGUGCCACCCCACCAGCCACUCCAGGCAGCCGAGGCUGGCCCCCACAGCCUAUCCCCACCCUGCGGCUGGAGGGUGCCGAAUCCAACGAGAAACUCAACAGCAGCUUCCCGUCCAUCCACUGCAGCUCCUGGUCUGGGGAGCCCACACCCUGUGGUGGAGGUGGCAGCACCAUCCGGAGAGCCCGGCCAGUGUCCCUCACUGUGCCCGGCCAGGCUGGGGCCCAGGGCAGGCAGUUCCACGGCAGUGCCAGCAGCCUGGUAGAAGCGGUCUUGAUUUCAGAAGGACUGGGGCAGUUUGCUCAAGAUCCCAAGUUUAUUGAGGUCACAACCCAGGAGCUGGCUGACGCCUGUGACAUGACCAUAGAGGAGAUGGAGAACGCCGCAGACAACAUCCUCAGUGGGGGCGCCCAGCAGAGCCCCAAUGGCACCCUACUACCUUUCGUUAACUGCAGGGACCCAGGGCAGGACAGAGCAGAGGGCCAAGAGGGCGAGACCUGCGCGCCCACCCUGGCGUGUCGGAAGAGCGAGGAGGAGCUCCAGGACAGCAGAGCCCACGUCGGCAGCCUGUAGUAGCUAGGGCUGGGGAGACGCUGGGUUUUUUAUUUGUUUCAAUGUUCCUAAUGGGUUCGUUUCAGAAGUGCCUCACUGUUCUCGUGACCUGGAGUUAACCGGAACAGCGUCUUCAUUCAUUUCGUUGGGACAAGACGCAGAGUUGGGUGGUGGUGGAGAGCCAGUUUUUCGGGGGGCAUGGAAGGCAGCAAUCCCAGUUUGUGUUGUGUGCACAGAGGUAGAGUGGUGAGGAGGAGUGGAAGAAUCAGGGAGGGAGAGCAAGAGAAGAGACGUCUGCCCUCGCCUCCGGGCAUGAAAGAGAACCUCAGCUUCCUGCGGUAGCCCUCACCAAAAGGACCCUAUGUCAAACGGGUGUCAACUUUGCUUGUAAAAAAAAAAAAAAAAAAAAAAAAAAAAAAAUCAUUUUGCACAUAUUCUGUAUGAGCCUCACUGUCUCCAUAGAGCCAGGGCCCUGUGGAUUUGCAGAAGGAAGCAGGGGUAGGACUUCAGCGAGGACCCAGCCACAUCCCAGAGAGGGAGGAGGAACAGCAAGAGGCUGCAGGAGCUCGGGAACCCGGAGCGGCUGGCGGGGGGCGCGUGGCAGCCUCACCGGCAAGGCCCCGGCCACGCCCACUCGUCUGCGUCAGGCUCACCUAGCCUGCCCUGGGCUCCCAGCUCCAGAAUGGCGGCUGGGCCUGCGUUGGCGGGGAGGGGCAGCUGGCGCUGCCUGCCAGGGAAGGGGCAGCCAGUUCUUGACGCGACGAGGUGGUGCUGAGCUUCUGUUGAGCGCUCUUUUGUUUUGUGAUUUGACAUAUUUCUUGACAGCAUGUUGCAGUUUUCGUUUUUUUGGUUUUUAUUUUCAUUUUGUUUUCCCAGGGGGAGGGGAGGAAGAAGUGUUUACAAAGCUUUGUAGCCACCCACCUUACUGUUUUCACUUUUGCAAAUGUAAAUCGGGUUUGGUUUUACUGUAUUAUUUAAACGAUUGUGGUUUUCUUUUUCUACGGUGGGUUCUGUGGAGCCGCUGUAGUCCGAGUUUUACCAGCCAUUGUGUAUGCGCAAUAAUUUGUUAUAAUUUCCGUAGGUAGUAACAACAAUUUUUUGGGUUUGGUUUUAUAAUUUAAAGUAAUGCACUUGAUGUGGUCUUGCACAUAUGGGUGAUUGAGUUGGGUUCUUUUUAAUGCUGGGUGUAUCCGUGGGUGCCAGAGAGCGGAAGCACGGAUGAGAGAGUCUCUGUGAGUGUGUGUGCUACGUGUGUGUGUGUGUAGUGGGUUGUCUGGGCACAUGUCCUACGUGUGUAUGUGCACCCAUGCAGUGCGCCCAUGCGUGAAUGAGUGUGUCGCUCCCCCUUUCUGGUCUAACUGUGGGGAGAUCUGAAUCUGGGGCCAUUUGAAAGCAAAAACAAACCACUGUCUCUGCUUCUGAAACGGGAAUCAGUAACUCUUUGCAUUUUCUGUCCCACAAGAUAUGCAAAAACAAUGCAAUAAUAUUCAUUUUAAAAAUACAAUUGUGAGUUGUGUUGGCAUUAAAGCUGUAUUUAAAAAAAACAGAGAAAUUUAAGGGAAAAACUCAAGAAGGCGUUUUGCUUCGAUAUAUUCCGUGUAAUGUUUUAUUGCAUUGAUAAUGUUUCUGUUGAAGAAACUGUUAUACUUGAAUUCAGGUCAGUUUCAGUAUUUUACAAAUAUUUUUUUAAAACUGAAUUGCAAUUGUGCCAAGCGAAUAUAAUGAAUUGAAUUAAGUUUGUUUUUGAAUUCACUUCUUGUAUAUUUUGCUGCAUGUAAGUAAAUCAUUUUGUAUUUGAAGUGUGACAAGCUUUACCCUUGAACUCUGAAGUGCUUUUCUAUAUGUGGUUGGGGGAAAGGGAACGAAUAUUCUUUUAAUUUUUACAAUGAGCAGAGGUAUCACCAGUGUAAAUCAUUACCCCGCGAUCCACAAACAGGUUUGGACAUUACUGUUUUGCAUAUCUUGUGUUCGCUUCCAUUUCCCUCAAUUUUUCCAAAACUGUAUAAGUAUACUCGUACUACAUCUUGCUUUGAGAGACCAGGACAUGUCUUAUUCCUGUCUUCGUUCUAUCCACUCUGCUCCAGUUCUCUGAUUUGGACUUUCUCUAGGGACACUCCUUCACCAUGAGGGGACAUCACCAGGCUGGCGUCAACGUCCCCCAUGGGAGAAGUGGCUGGCUUUUCUGUUCACUUUCACCGCACGAACUUUCCUCAGUGGUUUCCUCAGGAAAGUGUACACUGACUUGAGAGGAUGGAACUAGAGUCGGGCUGGUUGGAGGGAAGGGAGUCCUCCCCCUGGCAACUGCUCUACCCAAACUCAGACGGCAGGGGCCAGAGAACAGCAACCAGGUAAAAAUCUUUGUCCAUCCAAACGUCAGCUCUGUCUUAUUCACUUCAUCUCUUCCUCUCUGGAGCAGGAUUUCUUCCAGACCCACCCUCGUGUGUGUGGCAGCCAUGGAAGGGACCAGGACUGGGGAGGACGUGUCAGGAGUUCACAGUGAUAGUGGAACCAGAGACUUUGUGGGAGCAUCUCUUAUGCCCGUUUGUGUCUACCUAGAACAUCAUCCUAUUGGUGCUGUUUCCUUCAAAUAGAGUUCAACAAUGAUGGUUGAAAAGGAAGUGAUUUGGGGAAAACAGGACCCAACCAUUCAUCCAGGAUUUACUCAUUGAAUGUCUUCUGGUCCCAGUGUGCUCUCAGCCCUUAUAUAAGCAGCCUAGAAAUUAAAGUUGGAGAAAGUCCACUACCCCAAUGAAGAUGAAUUUCACUUUCAAGGACUGAUUCAUGAAAAAGUGGAGAAAUGUGCCAGAUACUCCCAGGUUAACUUACUGUCUAGAAGCAGGAGGGUUUCUUCCUGUUUCUCCAAGCCCAACCCAUCCAAACAUUUUUGGUUUGUUUUCAGUGCUGUGAAGGCCUUCUAGAAAUUAGGUGUCAUCCUUUGUCUAGUUUCCCAAGAUGUCUGCCACUGUGCUGCUAAGAUUUUAAUUAUGAUGGAGAGGGGUGCCCUUUUGGAUUAAUACCUGGUUCUUGCUGUACGUUUGGUCCCUGGAUAGAAAUUUGGAAUCUUAAUUGACUACAUGCACACAAACACACACACAACAUACACACUCAGACUUCCUGCUGCUUUUUUCCUUUUAGACUUCUUCUGCAUCACCAAAUCUCAUUAGCCGGCUGCAGGCCGGGCUCAUGCCAGCUACCCCCAGGGCCGUACCUAAGUAUGCCCCUUACCCUUCACCACUCAUGCCUACAAGGUCCCUUCUUCUUUAUAGUCAUCUCUGUCAGAAGACCAGCUAGCCUUGCACCCUAUAGGGACAAUGUCAGCAGUGACAAGGGCAUCUGGCCCUAUGCCUCUAUGAAGGAAAGGAGUUUCAUAUGGGAGUUCCCUGUCUAGAGCCAUGAGUCUUUCUGGCAUGACCUCAUGGUCAAUUGGUAAAGGGCUGACAUAAGAUACUUGUCAUCAUGACAGACUGGUUAAAUCAGUCAUGAAAUCCUGAACCUCGUCCAUUAGAUGUUUACCCUCCACCUAGAGCAGAACUUACCCCAUGACCUUGUAAAACAUAACUGUCAAAUCUUCUGAGAACCCUUAAGUGGCAGGAGAAAGCUGCUAAUGGCUGAGGACCAACAGGACUUGAAGAAGUGCAAUGUAAGUUCUGGGGGCGGUGAACGCGAUUUUUAUUUGUCCUCUGAAUGGCCCAGACUCUUUUAUUUCCACACUUUGGCUUUUUAGUAGUCAUGUGUGUGAUUUUCAGUUGUCUCCUUUCUGUUUCUAGAAAGCUCUUUUUGGUCUUGAGCAGAAAGAGAAGAAUAUUUUCCUAGAUUUUGGCUUGAUCCAUGAAUUUUUCUCUGCUUUGCUUCACAGGCAAUUAGUUAUAGUCCCUCCCCUCACCUUCUAAGUCUGACAGGCUGCCCUCUGACUGGGAGGUCCAAGGACAAAGGAACAAGGCUUCCUUACUCUGUCUUUAUCCUAUGACGCUGCUUCCAAAUCUCAGGGGCUUGUCUGGAGAGAAGCUAUCAUUUUCUCACAGCCAUUUUCCUUCCAGAACUUUUCCUGAUCAUUCACUUAAAGAUAGUAAGGCAACCACAGGAGAAGUGUACCUUUCAAUGCCUAAUAUCUUUCUGAGAAAUAAGAACACCCUGAAAAUGAAGAGUUUGGAAGGUAUCAAAAGGGUUUCAUAGAAGCCCGUUGACAUAUGCCCAUCAUUCCUAAAGGUCAAGAUAUGUAGCAAGAACCUAGUUCAGGCAUACAAAAUAACCCUGGUAGUCAGGUUUUUAGCCUCAUCAAAGUACAAUUAUAAAUGUUGCUAAGGAGGAUGAAAGCAUCUCAAUCCUGAGGGACCUAGAAAAAAAAUGAAGUAUCAUUGUCUAAGAGUUAGAAACUAUUUAGCAAAGAGACCAGAAAAGGGCAAUCUGGUUUCGAGAAGACUCAUUUAAGCCCCAAGUUAGUAAAAAAAAAAUAAUAAAUAAAAUAAAAAUAAACAAAAAAAAUAAACAAAAAAAGACAUGGCUCUGGUCAGGGGAAAGUAUUGGCACAGAGAGAACAGGAAGGGAAAUGGGCCAAAACAAAGGGUAUGUCUUGACUCUUUAUGCAUCUGUCCCCAUUUUAUGGAAAGAAGUGUCCAGUUCAACCACCCACAAUGGCAAGAACAGGGGAGAGGCUAAUGCCUCAAGGAUCAACUUUAGAAAAAGAGAAAACUAAAGUUUCCAUCUGGCAUUGUUUUCCCAAACUGGCUAGAUGUGGGGUAUCUGCCACACUAUCUUUCCUCUCUGCUGGUGUCCCUCCCCUUGUAUUAGCCAGUAUGCCACCUGAAACUGACUCUAGUCAGUUGGAAGGUAUGAAGGGAGGCCUAAUGUCACUCACGGCGAAGCUCCUGGUCACCACAUCAGGGUUCCCCAUCAGCUCCCUCUGAGGAGACACAAGGAAAAGAGACAAGGGAACGAAGUGUCCUACAACUGUAAGGGAGAGAGAGGGCCUCUUUUCCAUUCCCCAAGCCAUUCUCUCUAUUCCAGCUUCCUGCCCAACCCCACUUUUUCCUUCUCCCCACCCCCCAGUCUAGUCAACAGAAGAGUUGAGAGGAGUCCAAUGUGCAGAUUCUUACAUAGUUUCUUUGUGAAACUAGUUCUGGUUUUAACUUUAUUUUUUUUUAUUUCAAAGCAAUGAAACUUUGCUUUGAAGCCAGAUACCAAUAGAACAGGUGGUUUCUGCCAGACUUCCACAUGGUUGGGGAGAUAUUUGAACACCACACACACACACACACACACUUCCUUAAGGAACAGGUGCUAGUGAAGGGGUUGAGCUCUGCACACAUGAUAUUGUCCUCCCAGAGGACUGAGCACUGUGUAGAGAGAAAUGGAGAGAGAACCAGAAUAACUUCCUUGGGUAGAAAUAGUGUCAUCUGAACCUAUUAUUACUGUGAACUAAAUAUUAUCUAUAUUGAGAAAUACUACUACUUCUAAAAUCAAGACUUUUCCCUCACAUGAUUUUAAGAGUCUUGCUCCACAGCAGAUGCAGUGGUAUAGACCCUUUGGCCCUUUGGCUCUCCAGUAUUCUAGAAAAGCCUUUUGAUGGGUCUCUGAAAGGGAAUUAGAGAUUGCCAGAAGGAUAUAUUGAGCUGAGUUGAACAAAUCUAUUCAACACUGAGAGCAGAGUCAGAGUUGGGACUGUCCACAAAAAUCCCCUAAAUCUCUACCAAAUUAAGAAAGAUAAGCCAAAGGCGAGAAAAUUAAACAAAAGCUUCAAAUGUUACAUCACCAAAUAUUCUCCCUUCAGAUCAGAUGCUGGCCUCUCCACAGCUAUACUCUCUUUUGGGGGACAUCCCAUACACCCCAUUUCCCAGAAUCUAAUGACUUUCAUAAGGUUCCUAGAAAGGGCAACAUGACAUUUAAUCUACCAUAAAUCAGACAUUUACUACAAAUUUGCCAUCCAAAAAUCACUCAUGUACUUCAUACAUAAGAAAAUUUUUCACCUAGAUCAUUAUCAGAAAAGUCUCUUGAUGGAAGAGGUUGUACAUUUUAAGGGAGGGUAAUUUCUAUGUGAAGAACUGUGGAAAUAGGAUGGUUCCUAUUUUCAGUUUAAGCCUGAAGAACUCUUGUUCUGAUAUUCUUGGAGCCCCGGAGUGUAUAAGCAGAGGAAUGAGGAAGAUGAGGGUGAGUGGGCACCAGCCUCAGCACUGAGUCACUGCCAAGGGAUGUUGAGGGCUGCAGGUUUCAGACCCCCUGCAUGAAGUCUCUCCUGAGCCUGCAACCAGGAAGGAAGAGAAGAGAAGGCUCCCUUCUGUAGAGUCAAGGAGGAACAAAAGAGGACAGGUCACUGCAUCCUGUACCAAGCCCCCUCCCCCAAAGAUUUCCCAACAUGGGGAAACUACAUUAAAGCUUAAAAAAAAAAACUUGGGAAUCAAGGGUAGACGGUAAACAAACAACCCUGUGCAAAGGGCUCCUUUGUAAGGCAACUCCAGUGACCCAAAUGCUAUGGGCUCUUUUCUGCUUGCACACAUCACACCACCCAUGCAUCAAGCUGCAUCCCAUUCCCCCAAGUUUGGAAUCCAUCUCUUGGUUUCUCAACUAGAUUAUGCACUACCCCAUAGCCGCUUUCUGCCCUGCCCAGAACAUAUGCUGUUCUCCUAGAGCCUCAUGGGAAUGAGGUCUAGCACCAAAUAGGCUGUGGGUAUCAAAGGCAUAAACAAAUUUGGACAAAUCUGUGAUGGUAGUAGUUGAGAACAACCUGUGGAAAAACACACAAGUUUGUUAAGAAAUUGGGUGGUGGGUCCCCAGCUGAUGAAGCACUGGAAUGUCUGUUACUCUCAUAAUCAUCUUGUUUUAAUACCCUAGAGCUACCAAGCAAAAUUUCCGUCCACAUAAGAGGCUCCAGAUACAUCCCCCUCUCCUCAUGUCCUCUUGCUCAGGCCCGAACCAAUUUGUAUCAUGCUUGUUCUCAGAGCAUCACAGAAAGAUGAACGGUGCCUCCAUCGUCAUCCCACUGCCUGUCACCACCCCCCACACCCCUGCACACCCCUCCUCUCCAGGCUCCACGACUUCACAGUCUUACUGUUGUAAAUACUGUUGUACAGUUUGUAAUCAUCAACUAAUCCCGUUGUCAAAGGCCUCGCCUGCUGCGCCUUCUCGCCCUUGAGAAAGGCCAGGGAAUCUAGAAGGGGUAACCUUUCGAGAAGAGCUUCAGGGUCAUCUCUGUGUGAGACGCUAUGUAUAUUCCUGUAAGAUUGCAUUUUUAUCUAAGGAAUGAUGUUAUUUAAAAAACAAACAAAAAAAACACAAAAAACAAGAAUUGCAAAUAAAUUUCUUAAC